CUCAUCGAUCUCUCAAACCCAAAAAAAGCGUCAACUAACACCCCAUAUCGCAUCCAACGAUCCACCACCGUCACGCAAGCUGCUCGCCAUGAGGCUUCUCGAUGGCCCGUAUGAGUGCCCAGAGCUCACUCCUCAGCUCCUGCGAUAUGGCGGGGGCGGCCGGGACGUCAGGCGUGCCCGCCAAAUGACGCAGAGAGGGCAGCACUGCCGCGGCCAUCAGAGGCUGUCAGACCAAAGACAUGCAUACAGGACACGGAUGCAUGGCAAGGCCUUUGUUGGGGUGGCCACUACUCACCCACCUUUGGUAGAGGGCAUCGGGCAAUGUUCAUGAGACACUCUGCCACCCUGCUACACACCUGACACACGCACAGAGAGAGAGAGAGAGAGAGGGAGAAAGACACAAUGCUCCCCACCCCACACAAUCUGACCUUCCCCUCCCCUCUCUCCACUCACCCCUCGGUGUGUCGAGUAUUCGGGCAGCGUCGCCAGCCGACACACAUGCGGUACAAUGAACGUCGUCAGCACAUUCUCCUCCUCCCCCUCCUCGCCGCCCAAACCGAAGCCAGACGUAUGCGCCACGGCAGCCGUCACCCCAUAGAACACAUCCAGACAGGCGCGCACCACGUCGCUGCCGCCGCCGUCCAGCAGCCCCGUUAUGUGUGCCGUCACCUCGGACAGAAUCUUCUCCUGCGGCUGCUGAUGUCCACACGGUGGGGGGGUCUCAGUGUGUGUGAGGGGGAAGGCGUUGAGCAGGGGACCGCGGAGCGCCUGGAUGGACCGGACGGUCACUGAAGGGUCAGCAUCUCGGCUGAGCGUGAAGAGGGCGGGCAGCACACGACGCGCAACCUGCUCGGUGUCGAGUGCGCCCAGGAGCACUUCGAAUGAGUCGAUGACGGCGAGGCGGGUCUUGGUGUCCUGGUGGUUGACCAGCUGCCACAGGAUGCUCAGCACUGUCAAGGGCUGGUGCUGGCCGAGGGUGCGAAUGGUGUGGUCGAAGAGGAGCCGAUGGCUCGACAGCCGCCAGCCGCACCACUCGUGGCCAUACGACGUCUGCACACACACAGAGGGAGGGAGGGAGAGAGAGAGAGAGAGCACAUGACAUACAUGUGAGAUGAGAGCCCUGCCCUCCACACAUUAUAUGCUGGCUUCUGCAUACCAGUGUUUCCAUGAGAAAGCGCCCCGCCUGUGCUGGGGGCUGGUGCACGACGAAGGCAGUGACGUACACAGGCAAAAGACGUCGAUGCGACGUGCUCAUGGACACGUUCGAUGCCGUCUCGACGCCUUGCCGUGGCACCACCAGGGGAGCGUUGAUCUCACUGCUGUCGCUCUCCUGCUCCUGCGGGCGGCUGACGGGCAGAUGCCGGAAGAACACUGCAUCGAAGACACGCUGGCGGACAGCGGGGCCAAACACCACAGCGACGGACCUGUCGAAUGAAGAUAGACCAUGCCCAUGGUGCGUACGAGCAAUGCCCAUCGAUCAGCGCACCUGAGGAGUGUGCAGAAGGCGCCAACACAGGUCACGCCAGUGUCAAGUGAAGGCUGUGCUGCGGGCUGGUCAGCUUGGUCGAUGACGGAGUAUCCCAUGGGAGUGUGGCAAGGUGUGUUGUAGGUGGGGUGACUCCAUUCCAGGAUGACCCCCACGCCCUCUACCAGCCCCAACGCCAACUCGUUGACGAACCAGGCAACCAACACACUCUCGUCAGCCACCCUCUUCUCCUCCUUCUCCUUCUCCCUCUCGACGGCUGCCUGCUGCUGUUCCUGUUGCUGUUGCUGUCGUUCGCUGUGCUUCUCUGCCAUUGCUGGCGUCGUCUCUUGUGGCUUUGUGGGUAGUGGUGGGGGCGGGGG